GCAACAGCUAGUAGCCGGCCGGCCGAAAUGGUCCCGGUCAGAGCAGAGGUCGCCGCCGCUCUUCUCCUCCUCGUCGCCGCCGCCGGCGUUGCCGCGGGGUUCAGACCAGAGCCGCCGGUGUCGGAGGAUACCCUCGAGAAGGUGGCCGCCUCGCUGGAUAUGUACGUCGACGUGCUCCCUCAGAUGCCCAGGGUCCUCGGCUACUCGCUCAAGUACGGUCGCCCCGCGCCGGCGCACCUCAACAUCGGGAUGUACCAGAAGAAAUGGAAAUUCCACCGGGACCUGCCGGCGACCACCGUGUUCGCGUUCGGCACGUCGGCGGAAAGCGCCACCUUCCCGGGCCCCACCGUCGAGGCCCUGCAGGGGGUCCCGCUGUGGGUGACGUGGGAGAACCACCUCCCCGACCGACACAUCCUGCCGUGGGACCCCACCGUGCCGACCGCCAUCCCCCGGGCCGGCGGCGUGCCCACCGUCGUCCACCUCCACGGCGGCGUCCACCCGCCGCGGUCCGACGGCCACGCCAACGCCUGGUUCACUGCGGGGUUCCGCGAGAGGGGCCCCGCGUGGGCGUCGCCCACGUACGCGUACCCGAACGCGCAGUCCCCCGGCGUGCUCUGGUACCACGACCACGCGCUCGGCCUCACCCGCGCCAACCUCCUCGCCGGCCUCCUCGGCGCCUACGUCAUCCGCAACCCCGCCGUGGAGGCGCCGCUCGGGCUCCCCUGCGGCGACGCGUUCGACAGGGUGCUCGUGCUCGCCGACCGCAGCUUCUACGCCGACGGCUCCAUCUACAUGAACUGCACCGGCGUCAACCCCCGCGUCCACCCGCAGUGGCAGCCCGAGUACUUCGGCGAGGCCGUCACGGUCAACGGCAAGGCGUGGCCGUUCCUCCCCGUCGCGCGCCGCCGCUACCGCUUCCGCAUCAUCAACGCCAGCAACGCGCGCUUCUUCAACCUCUCGCUGACCAACGGCCUCCCGUUCCACGUCGUCGGCUCCGACACGAGCUACCUGCCCCGGCCGGCCGCCGUGACGCACCUCCUCGUCGCCGUCGCCGAGGCGUUCGACGUCGUCGUCGACUUCUCCGAGUCUCCGACCCCCGAGGCGGAGGUCGUCAACACGGCGCCGUACCCUUACCCCGACGGCGACGCGCCGAGCGGCCUCAGCGGCAAGGUCAUGAAGUUCGUCGUCGCGCCGGAGAAGGUGUGGGACGACCGCUCCACGGUGCCGGCGCGGUUGCUGGAGUACGUCGAGGUCGCCAAGGAAGAGGCGGCGCAGAGGCGGUACAUCGUGAUGUACGAGUACGAGGACGAGGCGACGGGCAGCCCGACGCACCUGUACAUCAACGGCAAGCGGCUGGAGGACCCGGCGACGGAGACGCCGCGGGCCGGCACGACGGAGGUGUGGGAGGUGAUCAACCUCACGCAGGACAACCACCCGCUGCACCUCCACCUGGCCACGUUCCAGGCCGUGCGCGCGCGGGGGCUCGUCGGGCUGGAGGAGUUCAAGCGCUGCAUGGAGAGGCUCAACGACGCGACCAGGUGCGACGUGGGGCGGCACGCCGUGGGGGAGGAGGCGGCCGUGCCGGAGCACGAGAGGACGUGGAAGAACGUGGUGAAGAUCGCGCCGGGGUUCAUGACGACGGUGGUGGUGAAGUUCCUGAUGGUCGACACCGGCAGGACGUACCCGUUCGACGCCACGGCCGAGCCAGGAUACGUCUACCAUUGCCACAUUUUGGACCAUGAGGACAACGCCAUGAUUCGGCCGCUGAAACUGAUCAAAUGAUGUUUUCUCCACUACUUGGGGCACAGAAUUUCAGAAGAAUAGCUCAGUUUAAGAAAAAAAAUUGUGGUAAGCCAAACAGGGCUUAAACCACCAAAUGUAAAUGGGUUCAAUCACCAAUGAGGAAAUAGAAUGUACUUCCUCCGUUCCAA